CUUAAGUUAAUGUCAAGGGCUUGAUCAGAUUUUGAAUGCAAAAGAUUGGAUUUUGGAAGUGCCAGUUGUAUUUCUCUGAACUACGAGGAUGUCUAAUUCCACCAUGAACUUCUACACUGUGCCCCAGUCCUUCAGCUUCUCUGACAUUAUUGUCAUAACAACAUACUUUCUUCUCAACCUGGCUGUUGGCAUCUGGUCAUCCUGCAGGGUGAGCAGGAACACACUGAGUGGAUAUUUCUUGGCUGGGCGGGACAUGGCCUGGUGGCCGAUUGGAUCUUCCCUCUUUGCCAGUUCGGAGGGCUCGGGUCUGUUCAUUGGUUUGGCUGGGACUGGAGCUGCUGGUGGCAUCGCUGUCGCUGGUUUUGAAUGGAAUGCCACCUAUGUGUUGCUGGCGCUGGCUUGGGUAUUUGUUCCCGUCUACAUCUCCUCCGGGAUUGUGACCAUGCCGGAGUACCUGGGACGGCGUUUUGGCGGAGAGAGGAUCCGAACCUACCUGGCGGUCCUCUCACUGCUGCUGUCCAUCUUCACAAAGAUAUCGACGGACCUGUACUCUGGAGCCUUGUUUGUUCAGGUGUGUCUGGGAUGGAACCUCUACCUGUCCACCGUCCUCAUGCUGGUGGUCACUGCUCUCUACACUAUUGCAGGUGGUCUUGCUGCCGUCAUCUACACAGACACUUUACAAACAUUUGUCAUGAUAGUGGGUGCAAUCAUCCUAACAGGCACAGCUUUUAACAAGAUUGGUGGCUAUGAGAACCUGGAGCGUGUGUACAGCAUAGCGGUGCCCAGUAAGAUUAUCCCCAACAGCACCUGCCACCUGCCGCGGGCAGACGCCAUGCACCUGUUCAGAGACGCCGUCACUGGAGACCUGCCCUGGCCCGGCAUGACUCUGGGCCUCACCAUACUGGCCACCUGGUACUGGUGCACCGACCAGGUUAUCGUACAACGGUCCCUGUCAGCCAAAAACAUGAGUCACGUAAAAGGAGCGUCAAUCUUCGCGGGAUAUCUGAAGCUGCUGCCUUUCAUAUUCAUCGUCCUCCCUGGCAUGAUCAGCCGAGCUCUCUAUCCAGAUACUGUGGGGUGUGUGGAUCCGGAGGAGUGUGUGCGUGUCUGUGGAGCCGAGGUGGGGUGCUCCAACAUUGCUUUUCCUAAACUGGUCAUAGAACUCAUGCCAAGCGGCUUAAAGGGACUUAUGAUUGCUGUGAUGAUGGCUGCUCUGAUGUCCUCGCUGACGUCCAUCUUCAACAGCAGCUCCACGCUCUUUACCAUGGACAUCUGGAAGAAGCACCGCCCACGAGCCUCUGAGAAGGAGCUGCUGUUGGUGGGCAGGAUUGUGACUGUGAUCUUGGUGGUGGUGAGUGUGGUGUGGAUACCCAUCCUUCAGUCGGCCAACAGCGGCCAGCUGUACGUCUACAUCCAAUCAGUGACCAGCUACCUCGCCCCGCCCGUCACAGCUGUCUUCACCCUGGCUGUCUUCUGGAAGAGGACCAAUGAGCAGGGUGCUUUCUGGGGCCUGAUGGUGGGUUUGGUGGUAGGUGUGUGUAGGAUGGUGCUGGAGUUUGCCUUUCCUCCGCCCAGAUGUGGCAUUGUGGAUUCAGCCCCUGUGGUGUUGCGCAGCGUACACUACCUCCACUUUGCCAUUUUGCUCUGUGGGCUCACGGCUAUCGUGGUUACCAUAGUAUCACUGCUCACGCCACCGCCCAGCCAGGAACAGGUGUGUAACCUGACCUGGUGGACAAUAACUGAAGAGCCACAGAGAGAAAUUCCUCUACAGAAAGUCUCUUCUGUCAGUCAUCGUACCACCCAGAGCUCUGAGGCAACGUGUCAAGCAACGUGUGGGCGGGGGGCCAGAUUGUGCCUCUCAGUGCUACGACGCUCAGAACAGACUCCAAAUCCCAGAGUCCCCAGCCUUCAAGAGAGCCCAUUUUGGUCUAGGUUCUGCUGUGUCAAUGCAAUCAUGCUGGUCAGCAUUAACAUUUUUCUGUAUGCAUACUUUGCCUGAGUGGAGGCUCAGAUUUAACAUCCUGCUGAACUCAAAUCGCCCCAGCACCAACUGCACACCGACUUCUCCGCAUCCAAGAGGGUGGGGAAACAAACAGACCUGGACCUGCAUUUCAACAGUUCUCAGUUCGUUGUGUGUUUCAAAAUGUAAAGCUAGCAAAUAUACUUUUGGGUGUGACUUCAGCAAGCAUUUAGAAGCAGAUAACACACACCUCCAGUAAUAGUGCACAAACUCCUCUAUUAAUCCACACCUACAGUAUAUCUGCAUAUUGUGAUACACAACAAUGGGAAACAUAUCUGUUCAUAACUAUACAUUUUUUUAUAGCAGAUUCCAGACAAUGAUGCAAACCUUAUACAAAAAUUAAAACUUACUGUGAAGAUAAAAGGUUCGGUAACAACAACACACACCACACCAUUAUAAAGACUGAAGUGGUAGGUUUUUUGUGGUUUUUUGUUGUAUCAUUCUGUAAAAAUUCUUCUAAAGACUGUUUGGGAAACCAAAUUAAAAACAGCUGCAGUGACUCAAGCAACUUGUAUAAAAGCAUGUGUCAGCAAUUCAGUUAUGUUGUAAAAAUGCUCAGUAGUUCACUUAUUAACUGUUUUUAACCCCUAACAGGCUGGCAGAUUAAGUGAUAUAAAUACAAGCAUACUAUCAGACAGCAUGUAUUUCUUAAGAUUUACCUUCUAAUAAUAGUUUCUACUUUC